CUUGGUUCUGAUUACGACGAUAUCAAGACUCAAGUGGAAAUUCAAAUUGAACUGAAGAUUCACGAUGUCGACAGGAGGUCGUUCGUAUGAUCGUGGUGGCCGACGUGAUGGAUUACAAGAGCGGGACGGUUAUAAUCGAGAGGACUUCGAUCGAGGGAGACCAGGCCAUCAGGAAUCCGAAUGUGGUCGAUCGAGAGAACGGGAAUGGAGGGACACUCGGGAUGAUGCCGACUAUCAGCGACGGCCGCCACCACUUUGCUAUGGCUGCAAUGUUCCAGGACAUUACAGGAGCGAUUGCUGGAGAUUUUGGAGAAAUGCUGAUUCGAGACGUAAAGCUGAACGUGACGGGUUUACCUGUCCUCCAAACUUUGACAAACGGGGAAGAUCAGGUUCUCCGACGCGAAGCCAUCGAGCAUCAUUCCGAAGAUCUCCCUCGUUGGAUUUUAAGAUGAUGUCUAAGAUCGCAAAACUGGGGGACAUCGUGAUUACACUGAAGGAAUUUGUGGACGUGGAGAAAUCAAGGAAACUGGAGAAGGAACGUAAACGCUAAGAACGGGAAGAAGCACGACGUGAAAGAGAAGAGGCGAGGCAACGAGAGGAGGAGCGCAUACGUAAGGCUGAGGCAAGAAAGACUAAGAAGUUGGAGAAAACUAAGCGGCGCGAAGAAGAACAGCUUGCGAUGAUUAAGGCGCUGGAGGUACAAAUGGCGAUCAGGCUGAGCCAGAUACAUAAUGACAUCAAGAAUGAGGUCCGAAAAGCAGUUGAGACUUCAAGAAUGAAAGGCAAGGCAAAGG